GAGCAGCUCUCACGAGCUUCCUCGCUGACUACGCCUACGUCCGCCCGGGGCACCGCAGCGCCUACGGCAGGCUCGACGCCGCGUGGGCGUCCUUGACCUUCCAGGCCGCCCUCUUCGGCUUCGCCCUCCGCGCCCCCGCGCGCGAGAUGGCGGCCGCGGUGGCGCUGGUAGUCCUGGCCUUCGUGUCCUCGGGGAGGUCCAGCAGCUUCAACGCCUGGGUCUUGCGGCACAGCCUGUGGCAUGUGGUCGGCGGCGCCGCAGGGAUCUACACCUCGCUGCGCCUUCCACCCGAGGAGGAGUUCAUUCGAGGCCACCUCUUCCGUUACGCGCUGGUGGCCUUGGUGGUGUACGUAUCGGGCGCGGGCGUUUGCGUUGCCGCGUUCCACAGGUGUGUGCCGGAGGCCACUCGGAGAGCACUUUGGAAACAUGGCGCCCUGCAUGCCGAUUGGAAAUACGUGGCGCCAUCGGUCUGCCAGCCCUCGAUGCUGCAUAGGCCGUGGGACUCGCAGAGCAAGCUUGGAGAGCACCUCGUCACAUGA